UCUUAUUCAUGAAUCACAAAACCAUUUAUUCUUUGUUUAAAAAAAUAUUAUUUUUUUAUUCACUUUGACCUUUGAAUAUAUUGACUUUAUUUCUAUGGUCCACCCUUUCCUCCACCUUGCCUUGCCUAUAACCCUUUUGACUCUCAAAAUCUUCAACCUAUAUAAGCACCCUCUUCCCUCACAAUAUUCAUCAAAAUUCAAAUAUCCAUAAACUUCAAUAGAAUUUUCUUUGUACAGUUAUAUAUAUUAUAUACAUGAAUUGGAUUGGUUCAAGUUCAUCAAGCACAAGUCAUGGAAAUGACAAGAAAUUAAAGGGAGUUCGGCGUCGAAAAUGGGGGAAAUGGGUGUCUGAGAUUCGAGUUCCGGGGAGUCAAGAGCGUUUAUGGUUGGGAACUUAUGCUACACGGGAGGCGGCUGCGGUGGCGCACGAUGUAGCUGUUUAUUGUUUAAAGAGACCUUCUACUUUGGACAAACUCAAUUUUCCUGAGAUUUUGUCUUCUUAUUGUAUUCAACAGAGAGAUCAUUUGAUGUCUCCGAGGUCUGUUCAGAAGGUUGCUUCAGACAUUGCUAUGGAUGUUGAUGCGCGAAACAUCGCAAGAGAAACAACGAUGAUCAAUGAAAGUACUCAUCAUCACAUGAAUGAGAAUCAGCAGGUGCAUAAUGUUGUUGCUGAUGAUGUGUUUUGGUGGGAAGGUUUGGAUGGUGAUGACUUGAAUUUGCAAGGAGUUACUCAGUUUUCUAGCCAACAAGAGGACUUGAACAUUUCCAUUGAAGAUUAUCUUUAGAUUUAGGUACAUAUGUAUACAUUAGUAGUUUUUUUUCAUGAGUAAAAAUCAAACUCGAUACACCGGAGUUUAUAAAACUCAUACAUACCGUACUUGGAUCAGAUACUUAACUAGUUGAGCUAUCCAACCAAAUGUAACUCUUAAAAUCUUAUUCCCAAGAAACAAAGAGAAGGAAUGCAACACAUCAAUUUUUGAGUUAGGAAUUGUCCAAUUAUAAAGGAAAUGUCAAAAAUUUGCAACAGCAAUAAAGAAAGAUGCAUACAUGCCAAUU